AUGGCAGAUGCAUUGUCGAGGAUCGAAAAAUUAAAAUCACCUCUGGACUACGUAGCCCUGGCGGAGUCACAGAAGAAUAACAAGGAGCUCGAAAAUUAUUUGAAGCGUGAAGCUAGCCUUAAGUUGGAACGAGUGAUUAUUCCUGGGUCGAAUGGCACGGUAGAGCGUUUCCAUCGCCAGUUGAAAGCAGCAAUUAGAUGUCACGAGAAUGACCGGUGGACAGAGACACUUCCCACGGUGUUAUUGGGAAUAAGAGCUGCUUGGAAGGACGAUCUACAGGCGACCUCGGAACUGGUGUAUGGAGAGACGUUACGCCUGCCAGGACAGUUCUUAUUCCGUAGAACUACAGAUGAGCCAGAUAAUGUAGACGGGUUUGUGAAAAAGAUGCGAAACCAUUUCGAGGAAUUGCGGCCGUUGGAAGCAGCCUGGCAUUGUAAGCGAAAGACGUUCAUAUACAAGGAUUUGGUAACGACAGAGGCAGUGUUUGUCCGGCAUGACGCAUCAAGGACGGCGUUGCAUCCAACGUACAAUGGGCCGUACGCAGUUCUCGAGCGGGGAGACAAAAGUUUUGUCGUGCGAGUGCAUGGCAAAAACGUAACCGUCUCCAUCGACCGGUUAAAGCCGGCUUACAUUGUUUCAGAUAAACCCGAAACCAGAGAUAUUCCAAGGAAGGUUGACGAGCCGAACGAACAGAACAACACCAAGGGCAAUGAACCCAGGUAA